CUGCUCCGAACUCCAUUUCCCACAGGGCUCUGCGCGGGCCACGCCCACUUCCGGCGGCGGGAGCAAACUGCUGGGCAGCGGGGCUGGCUGGCAGGGUGGAGGCAGGCGGGCAGGCGUGGCCGGGGGUGUGUCCCCCAGCGCCCCAGCCGGUUGAGCGUCCUCGGUUACGGGCGGGGAGCCCUCUCGGUAGGAGGCGAUUGCCUCCCCAAGCCCAGGACUCCGGUCGUCCCUGGCCGCGGAGAGCCGCGCUGCUCCGGCGGAGGCUCAGGGGCCUGCGGGGAGCUGGAGCCGCGGGGCCUGCGCGCGGAGAAAGGGCCGUCUCCAGGCCGGUGCUUUGGGAGUCUUGUCCAGACUUGGUCUCUUUCCCCCGGCACUGCUUUCAAGGGACACUGCCCUCCAGGAGAGAGGCCACACACUGGAGACCGCAAGGACAGGAACUAGACUUAAAGUCAUGUCCCAGGGCUUGGUGACAUUUGGUGAUGUGGCUGUGGAUUUCUCCCAGGAGGAGUGGGAAUGGCUGAACUCUGUGCAGAGGAGUCUGUAUAGAAAGGUGAUGUUGGAGAAUUACAGGAACCUGGCCUCACUGGGCCUCUGUGCUUCUAAGCCUGAUGUGAUCUCCUCGAUGGAACAAGGACAGGACCCCUGGAUGGCCGGAAGGGGGAGGACAGGAGACUGGCACCCUGAUCUGAAGGCUGUGUGUGGGACAAAGGAGUUCCUUCCACCCAAGGACUCACCCGAGAAACAGUUCUCCCCAGCAGCCGGACCAGAGCGGCUCGAGGGCUGCGGCAUGGAGUGCUGUCUGCUGGGGCAGGGCUGGAAUUACAGUGCCCUGUUGGAGACCCAGCCGAUGAGUCAGGGCCUGGUGGCCAUUGCAGACAUGGCCAUAGACUUUACCCCGCAGCUAGAGCCAGCGCAGAAGAGCUUCUGUGGGAAUGUGCUGUGGGAGAGCCAUGCUGGCCUCGGACCCCUCGGCCACUGUGUGUCCAAGCCAGAUUUUGUGGCUUUUCUGGAGUUAGGGAAGGAGCACUGGGUGGUGCAGAGAGAGCUGGUGGCAGGCCUGUUCCCAGCCCAACAGUGUGCACGUGAGACCCCGCAGUUACUUCUGAAGCAGAACUCAUGCACGGAGGUCAUCACAGACAGAGCUUCAGGCGCGAAACUUGCAAGUUCCACUUUCCGACCAAGUUGGGCUUCUGAGUGUGUGUUUGAGAUGAAGCUAGCAGAUCAGGAGACACAACUUGGGCAAGAGGGUGCUUCUCAUAACGAAGCUCUCCCAAAGGAGAGAGAACACAUGUACAACAAGUCUGGAAGAUGGUUCCACUUGGAUGAUUCAGAAGAGAGAGGUCACACUGGCAUUUCAAGUAAAAGCUUCAGAAAAGCCUCAAUGGUAAGAAAACAGACAGGAAUCUAUGCAGGAAAAAAGCUUUUCAAGUGUAAUGAGUGUAAAAAAACUUUUACCCAGAGCUCAUCCCUUACUGUCCAUCAGAGAAUUCAUACUGGCGAGAAACCCUACAAAUGCAACGAUUGUGGAAAGGCCUUCAGUGAUGGUUCCUCCUUUGCCCGACAUCAGAGGUGUCACACAGGCAAGAAGCCCUAUGAGUGCGUGGAGUGUGGCAAAGCCUUCAUACAGAACACGUCCCUUGUCCGCCACUGGAGGUACUACCACACCGGGGAGAAGCCCUUUGACUGCAUUGAUUGUGGGAAGGCCUUCAGCGAUCAUAUAGGCCUCAGUCAGCACAGGAGGAUUCACACUGGAGAGAAACCCUACAAGUGUGAUGUGUGUCACAAGUCCUUCAGGUAUGGCUCAUCCCUGACUGUGCAUCAAAGGAUUCACACCGGAGAGAAACCGUAUGAGUGCGAUGUUUGCAGGAAAGCCUUCAGCCAUCACGCUUCUCUUACGCAGCAUCAGAGAGUGCACUCUGGAGAGAAGCCUUUCAAGUGUAAGGAAUGCGGCAAAGCUUUCAGGCAGAACAUUCACCUUGCGAGUCAUCUGAGGAUCCACACGGGGGAGAAGCCCUUCGAGUGUGGGCAGUGCGGGAAAUCCUUCAGCAUCAGUUCCCAGCUCGCCACUCAUCAGAGGAUCCACACGGGAGAGAAGCCCUACGAAUGCAAGGUUUGCGGUAAAGCCUUCACCCAGAAGGCCCACCUUGCCCAGCAUCAGAAGACGCACACGGGAGAGAAGCCAUAUGAGUGCAAGGAGUGUGGGAAGGCCUUCAGCCAGACUACGCACCUCAUCCAGCACCAGAGGGUUCACACUGGAGAGAAGCCCUACAAAUGUGCCGAGUGUGGGAAGGCCUUUGGGGAUAACUCAUCCUGCACCCAGCACCAGAGACUGCACACGGGCCAGCGGCCUUAUGAGUGCAUCGAAUGUGGGAAGGCCUUUAAAACAAAGUCGUCCCUCAUUUGUCACCGCAGAAGCCACACCGGAGAGAAACCUUAUGAGUGCGGUGUGUGUGGCAAAGCCUUUAGUCAUCGCCAGUCUCUGAGUGUGCAUCAGAGGAUUCAUUCUGGGAAGAAGCCCUACGAGUGUAAGGAAUGCAGGAAAACCUUUAUCCAAAUCGGACACCUCAACCAACACAAGCGGGUGCAUUCUGGAGAAAGAGCCUGUAACUACAGGAAGAGCAGGAAGGUCUUCAGGCAGACCGCACACUGUGCCCACCAUCAGCGGGUUCACUCUGGGGAGGUGUCCCCACGCCCCUCCUUGCCUCCCACGUCAAGCUCUGUGGAUCUGUUCCCCAAAUUUCUCUGGAAUCCACCUGCACUCCCGUCGUCAUAGUCUCAAGACAUUGUCAUUUCAUAUGCACCCAGGUCAUUAACAAACUCUGCCCUUGUGGCUUGGUCCCCACCAGUUUGUUCUUCACAUUACAGUUGGGCUGACUUUUUAAAAGUAUAAAUGUAAUUUGCUUAUGUAAAGCUUGUAUUGCGGUCCUCUCACUUGGUUAAUGCAUAAGAUGAGCCCCAUACAGUACCUGAACCAUGCUGUGUCCAUGGAGCUUAGUUCUUUUAAAACAUUGUUUUUGAACAUUGGAAAGUUACUAUAGCCAGUUCUAAUAAAUGACCCAGUAGGAUGAGACCAGGAGAAGCCAGAUUUCACUUAGCAGUGGGGUGGUUGAAGCAGUUGAGGUUUUGCCUGUGUUUGUUUCAAACCUGAUUCCCUUGUGCCAGGUCUUAUUGUGGCUUUCUGUCCAGUCCACAUGAGUGUAAGGUGGGAAGGUUUGAUGUGAAGGUGACCUUUGGUGACACUGUCAGAAAGGCUAGGGAGGGGAGUAGGCCAGCUGGAACAAAUGGGCUGAAAGAACCAGAAAAUCAAAAGAUUCGUGUGCAUAAAGUUAAAACUACUGACAUUACUCAAGAAUCAGAAAGUUCAGCAGAAUAUAGUCCAUUUGACAAUACUGGUUUAUGAAUAAAUUCUAUACAAUUUAAGGACCCAUCAAUGCUGGGCUAAACUGAGUCAGAGCAGAGUCAGCAAGCUGACUCACAGUCAAGGUGUCACUACAUUUUUAUAGGGCCCAUUAGCUCAGAAUUUAUAAACGUUUUCAAGUGGUUAGAAGUGGGAAGACUGUUUUCAGUGUAAUGAUGUGAAAUUUAAAUUUCGGUGUCUGUCGUUGAGUUGCAUGGGUGGACAGCCACUCCACCCUGCUACUGUCUAAGGCUGCCCACUGCCACCACAGCAGCACUGAGUCAGUCACAGAGACCACAUGGCCCACCGUCAGGCCUCCUUGCAGCCGGUACCUGCCCGGGAGCUUCCCAGAGUGCUUGCUAACCCCGGUCUGGAGUCCUGAGAGACCGCAGCUCAGGGUCCAAGUCCUGUCAGCUGCUGGCUUCCCCAUUGUCCAACACAAUGGCAGCCUGAGCGUCUGUCGCAGGGACUGUGGGCUGGGAAGGUAGCUCAGUGGCACAGUGCCUGCAUGGCAAGUGCAAAUCCUGAGUUCAGUCCCCUGUUCUGGGAGGAAAAAACCCAAGUCUGUGGCGGAGGCUGUGGCUGCAGCACUCAGAACAUUUGCCAACCACUGCCCCAGCAUAGAUGAGACUCUACAAAAGGUUUUCAUUUUAUGGAGGUAACACAGCUUACAUCAAACACAAGAAAACAGACUAAAAACAAUGUAUGAAAAAUGAAAGAGAGGGCUGGGGAUUUAGCUCAGCAGCAUAGGUGCUUGCCUGGUAAGCACAAGGUCAUGAGUUUGAUCCCUGCCCCCCACCCCCAAAAGAAAAAAGAAAAAAAUUUUUUUUGUCUUCUUGAGAGAGAUUCACUAUGCAUUUCAGGCUGGGCUUGCACUCACUUUGUAGUCCUGGCUGGUCUCAAAUUCACAGUGAUCCUCCUGCCUCAGCCUGCUUAGAGCUGGGAUUCCACCCCUGGCUAGAAAUGAAAUUAUUAAAUUAGAAAAUACGUAAAGGGGGAGUUAUUUUUAGAUUAAAUAUUCAGGAUUAUUAAAAUGUUUAUAAAUUUGAUUGAAAAAAUAGGAUACAUUUACUCUGGUGUUUUUCCUGAAACAACAUGAAGCAUGAGGCAAAAAUAACAAGGAUUUUUUUUUAAAUAGUUUUUUUUUUUUUUUUUUGGUAUGAGGCUUGUAAUGUCAUGUUGAUGUUUCAGUUUUAGGGAAACGACAUUUUGAUAAUUGGUUGUCCACAUCUCCAAAAGGAAGAAGCACACGUACGCCUUACAGAUAACUGUAGGGCACCUGUAUUUAACAUAUCUAGUUAUAAAGUAAGAUUUUAAAGUAAACAUAGAAAAGAAGAUGCCUUUAACAAAUAGGAGAUGGGAUCCUAGGAGCUGAAAAGGCAGAAAAAAAAAAUUGGCCUCCAUAACAAUUUAAAACCAAAAAGCCACCAAAAACGUGGGAAAAUCAGCUGAUAGAAAAUGCGUGUAGCUUGUAAAUGCGCCGAUUAGGGAUGACGCAGUUCCACCUGUAGAGCAGAGUGGGGCAGUUGGCAAAGCCAGGAGGAAGGGAAGUCACACAGCGGAGCAUUCGGGUGCAUGAAUUUUGUGAAUGUCUCACCUUCGUGUAUCAAAACAACAAAAAAAUAAAGGGAAAACAAGCUCUCAGCCCUUAGAUGGAUUAAAGUCUAAAAUUCGUGUGACACCAGUACUGGUAUCUGUGAGAAGACUAAUGCUUGCAUUAUGAGCAGUGUAAAUCUGUCUCCUUCCUGCCUUUGAAGAUGGUACCUGGCAUGACCUGUCAGAAUUCUGACUGUGAUCCUUUGAGAGCAAUUCCAGAUCUAGGAGUCUUAUGGGAAGAAAGAUAUAUAUAUAUGAAAUUUAUGCACAAUUUUUAAAAUUGUGGCAGAGUUUCUGUGUCCUGCCAAGCACAUUGCCUAAAUUGUGAUUAUUUAGUACUGUGUUGUGCAGUUAGCAGAAAGGUUGGGCAUCAUGUCUACCCAUAGAGAGCCCUCUGCAGUAAUUAAAUGAAAUAUGACAUUUGCAGAA